CUUGUUCAUCCAACGGUGGAGAUUGCAUGCUUUGUUCCUUUAAAUAAGUGCAUUCUGGGGAGGAGACUGUUCACGCCAAAAACCUCUCUCAGAGCUUCAGUCAUUCUCUCUCAGUUCUUCUCUCUCAGAUCUUCAGAUCUUCUCCUCAGUCCUUCCCUCUCAGAUCUUCAGUCUUCUUCUCUCAGAUCUUCAGAUCUCCCUCUGAUCUUCAGUUCUUCUUUUCUCAAAUCUUCAGAUCUCCCUCUCUAAUCUUCAGUAAUGGAACCACAAACCCAGCAACCAACUGAGGAUGGAGGAAACAACAAAGCAGUCGAGAGCAGUGCUAACAUGCAUUGCAGGCGGAGCAGUACCAGGUGGGCUCCUACUACAGAUCAGAUAAGAAUCCUCAAGGAGUUUUAUGAUAAUGGAGGUAAGAACCCAACUCCAGAGCAGAUUCAGAGGAUCACUCUCCAGCUGAAACGGUACGGACAGGUUGAGAACAAGAACGUCUUUUAUUGGUUCCAGAACCACAAGUCUCGGGAGAGGCAGAAGAAGAAGUUAACUUCAGAUGUUCAUGUGCCCAUGCAAAGAUCUGGGCUUGUUGGUGGAUCCAUUAAUCUCAAUUUUGGGUCAAUUAGCUCUACUGGUGUUGAUGGAUCCAUUAAUCUCAAUUUUGGGUCAACUUGUUCUGCUGGUGUUGGUGGAUCCAUCAUGGAACAACGAGGAGAAGAUCACCAGGAGAUUGAAACCCUUCCACUGUUCCCCAUGCAUGGUGAGGACAUCUUUGGCAACAUGAAGACUACUUCCGAAGGUGGUAGCGGCUAUGGCGGUGGCUCUCGCAUUUCCCUUGAGCUCAGCCUCAACUCCUACGGAGAUGCAGACAUGGCUUAGUAUAGAGUUUUAUUAUUAUUAUUAUUAUUAUUGUUUUUUUUUUUUUGUAAAUAGCUGAAUUUAAUAAGACUGAAUGAAUGCAGUUUUUUUUUUUUUUAAUAUAUAGGACUCAAAAAUAAAAGACAAAUAUAUAUAUAGGACUCAAAAUGAAAGACAAAAAUAUUUAUAGGACUCAAAAUGAAAGACAAAUAUAUAUAUAGGACUCAAAAUGAAAGACAAAUAUAUAAAUAUCUUCCCCCACACUUAAAUAUUGCAUUAUCUUCAAUGUAAUCAAUUAAAAGCAUGCAAUGAAAUAAGUAAGCAUAGAUAGAAGACAUUUACGAAAACAAAUCCUAAAAUAAAAACAAUAGAGAAAAAUUGAAAAAUAAAAAGAAACAGGGAAAGAGAAAGCAAAUCUGAUUAUAUUCUGAAUUGGGUUGCCUCCCAAGUAGCGCUUGUAUUUUACGUCUUGCAGCCAGACGGUACCUACAUUAAAUAAAGUUAGUAACUAUAAUUAACAAAGAAAUACAAAAUAAAAACAAGUAUA